CGGGGCCUGGCGGCAGAGCGCCCCCCUGUGGCGGUGGAGCCGCGUCACCCGCUCCGCCGUGUCCCGCGUGGGGCCGGUCCAGGGUCCCCUGGAGACUCCUGAGGCCCGUCACGUGUCCCUCGGUCACGCGUGGGGAGGGUCGGGGGUCCCCCGGUCACGCGUGGGGUCGGUCACGUGUCACCCGGUCACGCGUGGGGUCGGUCACGUAUCUCCCGGUCACGCGCGGGGGCCGCUCCGGUGUCCUCCGGUGACCCGUGGGGCCGGUCACGUAUCCCUGUGUCACUCUCGGGCACGGUCCCGUGUGCCCAUGUCAGCCGUGGGGCGGUUCCCAUGUUCCCUGGUCCCGUCUGGGGUCGGUUCCGUGUCCUUGUGUCACGCGUGGGGCCGGUUCUGUCCCCCAUGGUCGCGUCUGGGGCCAGUUCCCUGUCCCGCGGUCGCGUGCAGGUGAUGGUCACGUGUCCUCUGUCACGCGUGGGGGCGGCUCUGGUAAUAUCUGGGGCUGGUUCUGCGUCCCCAUGUCAUCUGUGGGGCCGGUCCCGUAUCCCCCUGUCCCGCGUGGGACUGUUCCCGUGUUCCCAGGGCACGCACGGGGGUGGUCUCGUGUCCCCCUGUCGCGCGAGGGAUGGUCUUGUGUCCCCCGGUCACGCGUGGGGCCGCUAACGUGUCACCAUGUUAUACUCGGGGCCGGUCCCGUGUCCCCCAGUCACGCGUGGGGCCGGUUCCAUGUUCCCCCCGUCACGCAUCGGACAAGUCCAGUGUCCCGUUAUGACGCGCGGGGCCGGUCCCGCGCCCGCUGGUCAAGCGCGGGGGACGGCCACGUGUCCCCGCGUCCCGCGUGGGUCCGGCCCCGUGUCCCCACCCCGUUCCCGCCCCCCGCCCUUCCCCUUCCCCUUUCCCGCCCCGUUUCAGUUUCGUUUCGCUGCCGGGGCGGAGCCGCGCGAGGUCCGGAUGGCGCGAGGGGUGCUGGAGGUGCAGGGGGUCCCCCCUGACACCCCAGAGGAGCUGCUGGUCCUGUACUUCGAGAGCCAGCGGCGCUCGGGGGGUGGCCCCGUGCAGAGCUGCCAGCGCCUCGGGCCCCUCUUCUUCCUCACCUUCGAGGACCCCCAGGAUGCAGAGAACGUGCUGACCCAUGGCAGCCACCAGCUGGGGGGGGCCGAGCUGGGGGUGUGCCCGGCCCCCCCCUGGGACCCCACCCGCCUGCUGCUGCGUGGCCUCGACCCCAGGACCCCUCCCGAGCACCUGGACCUCCUCCUGGAGACCCUGCUGGGGGUCUCCCCCGACGCCGUCACCCUGUGCCGGGGCCCCGCACCCGACUGGGGGCUGCUGCACCUGCGGGACCCCCUCACCCCCCCAGAGCUGGCGUCGGCGGAGCAGCGGGCGCAGCGCCGGGGGCUGGCGCUGCUGCGGGUGCCACAGACCCCCGCGGUGCUGGUGCGGGCGGCGGGGCCGGCGCCGAGCCGGGACCUGCUUGAGCUCUACUUCGAGAACCGGCGCAGCGGCGGCGGCUCCGUGCGGGAGGUGCGGCUGCUGCCGGGCGGGCGCGGGGCCAUCGUCACCUUCCAGGAGCCGGCAGCCGCGGAGCGGGUGCUGCAGAGGCCGCACCGGCUGCAGGAUGCGGUGCUGGAGCUCACCCCCCAUUACCCCUUCCUGGAGCCGCUGGAGGGGGACAGAGACCCUCGCCUGGACGUGGCCCCCCACCCCCUGGACGCAGCCCCCCCUCUGGACACAGCCCCUCUAGUGGACACGGAUUCCCUGCCGGACACAGCCCCUGCACCGGACACGGCCCCCGCAGUCCCAGAGCUGGCGGCACCGGAGGAGCCGCGGGCAUCACAUCCAGUGCCAGCGCAGCCAUCGGCCGCCUUCCCCAGCGGGGACAAGGACACAGAGGGGCUCGAGGCCGUGACCAACCAGGGCCAGUGCCUGGAGCGGGUGUCAGUGGUGGCCCCAGAGUCGGUGUUGGUGCAGGAUGAGGUGCUGGUGCCAGCGGAGCCGGGAGCACUGCAGUACCUGCAGCGGCACUACCAGGACCUGCUGGGCAGCAUCCCUGAGGUGUCCCUGCUGCCUCUGGAGGGAGGGGACGUCGCUGGGUUCCGGGUGAGUGGGGAGCUGGGCCGGUGCCAGGCAGCAGCGGAUUUCCUCCAGAGCCUGCUGGGCUCCGUGGCCUCGCACCCCGUGGCGCUGCACUUCCCCGGCGUCGCCCGCUUCCUGCGGGACCUGGACGGGCAGAGCCUCCUCCAGCAGCUGGAGAACCGCUUCCAGUGUGUCAUCCACCUGGACGGCGUCCCCUGGAGACCCCCAGACCCGCAGCAGGAGCUGGAGGAGCUGCUGCCCCUGAGCCGCCACUGGGACCCCCAGCCCUCAGCGCCACACCCCUGGCACCGGGACCUGCCCGAGGGCGAUGAUGAUGCUGCUGCUGAUGAUGAUGGUGACAGAGAUGGCUUUCACUCCAGCAUAGAGGAGAUCAGGGAGCUGCUGGCAGCGCUGCGCCCCGGCGAGGCCGACGACCAGGGGGACCCCAAGGUGUGGCCUGACGCCGUCCUCGGCACCGAGUGGGACCCUGAUGCUGAGCUCCCCGCCACGGCCGAUGGGAAGGGUGCCGGGGAGCCGCUGCUGGGCACUGGGGAGGAGGAGGAGGAGGAGGAGGCGCAGAUGGCUCUGGCCAUCCAGUAUUCCAUGGAAAACACGAGGCGUGAGGACGAGGAGCUGGCGCGCGCCACCGCCCUCUCCCUGCGCUCCUACUGCCGGGAGCGGGAGCAGGCGGAGGAGGACGCCGUGCUGCUGGCCGCGCUGGAGGCCUCGCUGGAGGAGGCGCUGGCGGCGGCGGACACGGCGCGGGCGACGGUGUUCUGCUCCUUCGAGCGGGACGCCUCGGAGGUGCGGCGGGAGCUGGAGCGGGCGCUGGCGGGGCGGCUGCUGGCGCGGGAGGUGGAGAGCGAGCGGCUGCGGGCGCUGCCGGCCGCCGGCCACCGCGUGCUGGCCCUGCUGCAGCGCCGGCACGCCGUGCACCUCAGCCUGAGCGGCGGCACCGCCACCCUGCACGGCUUCGCCCGGUACACGGCCCCCGCCGCCCGCGAUCUCGCCGCGCUGCUGCAGCGCCGGACGCUGCCGGAGCUCGGUGCCACCGCUGUCACCGCUGCCGCACACUGGGUGCGCUGGGACCCCUCCGGCACCGUGGUCCCCUACGCCCCUGAGGAAGCGGCGCUGCUGGAGCAGGCCUGGCUGCGCCGGGAGCGCCGGGUGGACCUGGUGCUGGACGGGCGGCCCUUCACCGUGGACUUGGAGCGCAUGGAGGAGUACGACAUCGGCAGCGCCCGCGCCGUGCCGAUCUGCCGCAGCCAGCCCCCGGCCGAGAGUGCCCGCUGCCUGCUCGCAGGGCCGGAGGUGCCAGGGCUGGAGGAGGAGGUGCGGCUGAUGCCACUGGCCGAGGACUCGGAGGAGUUCACCGACACCGUUCACCAUUUCUACGGGACGCUGGAGGAGCUGCACAGCCGGAUCAGCAUCGUGCAGGUGCAGAAGCUGAUCCACCCGCUGCUAUACAAGCAGUACCAGCUGAAGAAGGGCAGCGUGGAGCGGGCGUGUGCCGCCGGCACCGCCGCGGAGCGCGUCCUCUUCCACGGCACCACCAAGGCCUCCAGCCGUGAGAUCUGCCUGCACGGCUUCAACCGCAGCUUCUGCGGCAAGAACGCCACCCUGUACGGCCGCGGCGUGUACUUCGCGGCGCGCGCGGCCGUCUCGGCGCGGGACCAGUACUCGCCGCCCAGCGCCGACGGCACCAAGUUCGUCUUCGUGGCCAAGGUGCUGACCGGGAUGUUCGCGGCCGGGCGGCGGGGCCUGCGGGCACCCCCCCUGCGGGAGGGGGCCGAGGGCCCCCAGCGCUACCACAGCGUCGUGGACGACCCCCGGCAGCCCGACAUCUUCGUCAUCUUCAACGACACCCAGGCCUACCCCCAGUACCUGAUCACCUGCCGCCGCAGGGACCCUCUCUGACCUCCCUGAGCCCCCCCAGUACUGUCCUUGCCGUGGGGGCACCCCCUGAGCACCCCGGCUCUGCCAGAGGGGCCCUUUUUGACCCCUCUGAGCCCCCCGGCACUGUCUCUGCUGUGGGGGCACCUCUUGAGCCCCCCCGACACCAGCUCUGCCACAGGGGCCCCCUUUGACCCUCCUGGCACUGUCCUCGCAGUGGGAGCACCCCUCGAGCCCCCUGGCAGUGGCUCUGCCAAGGGGGUACCUCCUGAGCUGCCCGGCUCCAGCUCAGCCAUGUGGUCCCCCCUUGACCCUCCAGAGCCCCCUGGCACCAGGGCCACCACAGGGGUUACAGUGUCCACCCCCACCCCAGGUGCUUGAGGAGUCGCUGCCGUGGGGGCUCAGGGUGCAGGGGGGUUCCUGCCCUGCUCAGGAGACUCGGAGUGGGGGGGUCUCCACCUGGGCACAUUCCUGGGUGCCCUUAUGCCAGGGCAGGAGCCCGACAGGAGGACUUGGGAUCACCAGUGUGACGCCAGUGAAAUUGGGAAUAAAACUGCAAAUAAAAGUGGGAAUAAA